AUGGCGGCUUCUCUCCGAGUAUUGGCAAACGGAAAAUUGUCGACCAUGCAACCUGCUUUGCGAGCGAUAAUCACCAGAACAAGCCCAUUGGUUCUUUCUAGAGGAAUCUCUGUAACAAGUGAGCUAAACCUUAGAUUCUUGUGGUAUAUUUUCUGGUGGGAAAUGAAAGACAAGGAGUUGAAUCGCCUUGGCCUUGCAAAGCUGGGUGGUCAUAUUGCAUUGCUACGUUAUUGAUCAGUUUUUUUUUAAAAAAAGUAAAUUGUUGGUACUCUCAGUACAACUAAACUUAGUCCUCGGGAUAUUUUAAGCUUCAUUGAAGUCCCUUGGCGUAAAAGCGAUCGAUUUAUAAUUUGCCACGCUUAAAAUACCGGUAAGCCAAAGUACAGUAUUUGUACAUGAAGGAAGUCAUGCGUAACUUCGUGUAGAUUUUUGUAAGGAGACGUGAUCUGAUAUAGACUUGGUGAUAUUUCUGUUCUUAAAUUUGUGGCAAUAAAGGGAAAGAAAUCUCAGUUUUAUCCAAAAAAUAGACCAAAAUUGAAAUUGAACAUGAUCUGAAAACGCUCUGCAGUGAAGUUUAAGGUGCAAGUUUUGUUGAUGCAUAAUUUGCACCUUUCAAACAUUGGGAAAUUUAGUGAAAGGCAGAGGUAGAGAUUUGAUAGAACGUAUAAAAUUUGAUCAAGUUUUCAUGGAUGGGAACGUUUAUGUUGAUAUUAAAACAGGGCUUCUGAUAUUUCGCGCGGUUGCGGACCCGCGAAAUUCAGGUAUUUCUGCGAAAUCCCGCGAAAUUCCCAAAACAACGCGAAAUACCGCGAAAUACGCCAGAAAUAUUUCCAAAUACAUGUCGGCAAAACAUAUUUAAUACUUAUCUUGACUAUUAGACCUGUUUUAUUCACCCCAAACGUUCAAAUGUAUCUUGAAACUUCGUCACUGCAACUAAUAAACAAUUUCCCAAAACUACCAGGCGUUUUUAGAUGAACGUUGCGAAAAACUGGGCACUAACCAUAAUGUUAAUGGCUUUAGCAUUCGCUCAUUUUUCGGAACGAACUGUUGUUGAAAGUGCAAAUGAUUAUCCCUGUUAAAACAACGCUGGUCAUAUCGACGCAAAAUUGAUUGAUUUUAGCAAAAUUUGCCCAAAAAAAUCCAGCGAAAUCAGCUGUUUUUUUACUGAUUAUUUCUUGAUGAAGUUUCCCCCCGAAAUUCCCGUGAAAUCAGCCGAUUUUCUAAGAAUUUGCCCCUGAAAAUCCGUCGAAAUUUGACUUUUUUCCCCUAAAAUCCCGCGAGAUCGGCUGAUUUUUCUGUGAAUUUUGACUUUUCUCCUGCGAAAAUCCCGCGAAAUCGGCCAAUUUUUCCGUGAAUUUUGACUUUUUUCCCGCGAAAUCGGCCAAUUUUUCCUCGAAUUUGCCCCUGAAAAUCCCACGAAAAUUUGCUUUUUUUCCGCAAAAUAUCAGAAGCCCUGUUAAGAGGAAGUUUUUUACCUUUAAAAAUAGAAACCGUAUGCACUAGAAAUAUUACUGGAAUAUUUUUGUGCUGUUCAAGGAAAAAGCCAAUCAGGCAAGAAAAAACUAAACUGCAACUAGCAGUGGUUGUUAGUUUGUUGUUGCUUGCUUGAGUGUCCUUAUCUUUGUUGUGAUUGGUCACUUUGCAAUGAACAUUCAUGAAAUAUUUCAGAUGUUUACAGCUACUGAGUUUGAAAGUUUAAAUUAUUUAAACUUUAACAAUAAUAGUAUUUCAAAAGUAGGUUGAGUUUGAUCGUCCGGGUGAAUAUAGUCCUGAAUAGGACUGUUGUUGUUGACAGUGACUAUGUUCACCCGGACGAUCAAACUCAACCUACUUUUCAAAUGACUCCUGGGUUCAAACCUUUCACAAAAAUAGUAUUUAUAACCAUUGGCCAGACAUGUAGCUUAGUUUAAUCAAGUCCCCUUGGAAACAUGUGCCAUGCAACGUUUUACUGUUCUUCAUACAAAAUAUUAUGUCAAAUUAUUAAUUUGGCUUGGUAUGUAAGUUACAGACUUAUCAGGAAGUUAAACUUUUCCUACUUUUUUCAGUCUUGUGCAUGUACAAUGAUUCAUAUUGGUACUCCUGCAUGCUGCAAUAAUGUGCAGUUUACAUCACUAAUGUUCCUUUUUUACACCUUUUGCAGAAUCAAUAACCUUGCCUUGAAAACAAAGCUAAAAUCUAACUUGUAAAUGCUGAAAACCUUGCCUUGAAAACAAAGCUAAAAUCUAACUUGUAAACGCUGAAAGAGUCCUUGAUUACCUACAGGAAUUUUUACUCAGGGGAAUGUAAAAAUAGGGACUUCGUCUGACAGUUGAAACAGGGUUUUGUGAAGGUGGCCAUAAGUAGAGCUGUUUGCUUAUGACAGCAUCCAUUUAGAGAGCUUCCAGAACUGUAAAGAUGUUCAGAUAAAUUUCAUCAAAUCCUACGAGUUGGAGGCCUUCACUGUUCCUUGAGAACAUGGAACUUAUCUAGUCAUGACUUACCUACAAAAAUCAAAGGGUACAUAUACCUUCUCAAAGGGCAACUUCAGCAUUCCUAGUGCCUGCAAAUAGCAGGAAAAUCUAUCAGCAAUAUAUAUAUAUGCAUCUAUCUAUAAUAAAGCAGUGUUUGUACCACAUAUAACAGGUACCAGACUUGGUCGUAUUCCCACUGAUGCAGAGCAAGCCACUGGUUUGGAGAGAAAGGAGUAUGAGGCUAUGGCAGCUGGGAUUGAGGUAAGAUAGUACUAAAUCAAAGUGAAUUGAUUAGUUUAAUUCAUCAGUAGAUUGAAAAUCAGUGAGUGUAAUCUUAAAAAAGGGGGUCACAGCAAAAGUACUGCUCGUCUUGAGUCAUUCUGGAUUGCUUUUCCUUUUGUUGAGUUAGCAUGAAUUUAUUAACUGUGUUUUCUUUGUUUUUUACUGUCAUUUAUGUCUUUUAACUUGCUCACUAACCAUGUUCAUAAUAACCACGUUGUUAAUAAUUUAUUGCAGGAUCCUUUCAACAUGAAGCCACAACGAGGUCCUCCAGGAACUAAAGACAAACCUACAGAAGUUCUGUCUAUAUAUGAAGACAGAAUCAUUGGAUGUGUCUGUAAGUGUCCAUGAUGGGAAUUUUAAGUACAAAUUAAAUUGAGUGUCAAGAUAUUGCACAAGCUGCAAGAGCAUAUAUGUUAAAAUUAGGUAACCUGUAAAUUUUCAACCAUAUAUCUCAAAAGUAGUGAUUGCAAUGGCUGCCGAAAAUCAGAAGGACUCUUGCCCAGGGCUCAAAGUUAGCAACUAACUGGUCACGUAUGCGACUGGAUUUUUGGUUGUGCGCCUAGAAAUUCAUGUGUAAUCACACCUGUGCACGGUAAAACCCAAAGCACAGUGCGACUGACUUACUUCCAACCACAUGUAUACUAACUAACUCGAACUAGAAAGACAGUGUAUGUUUAAUAAUUGGUCUUUUCUCCCAAUGGAUUCUACAAACUUGAAUGUUCUUUUUCGUUUCGAUGUUUUACUCCAUCCCAGACUCUUCUGUUUUGUAAUAAACACGGCUGGCACAUGCAAAUAUAUGCUACGAACGAAACACAUACUUUUUGCGCAAUGGAUGAUCAUGUCGAACGUUCAGUUUUAACGUCAAUCAAAGCAAAAACAGUGUGGAUUAAGAGCCUUUUUUUUCCAGGUAAGAAAGUUUUUUAAGUCAUGUUCCAGUUACAUGUAAGUCAUUGCGCAUUUAACAAAUUCAUCAAAGAUUAAUUUUCAUUCGCGUUCAACACAUUCAUUGUUGUCAGUUUUGAAUUGUUUUUCAAGUGUAAGUUUUCUUUAGUCACAACUGUACAGUCAAAAAGAGAAAUUAAUUUUAAAAAUCACAACGGUAUUACUGCGUAGCAAAUCAGCUGUGGUUUAUCAAUCACAGGAGUGAAGUAAAAGUAACAAACUGAAGAUGACAAAUAAAUGUGGCACUGUUAAGCUUUUUACUUUCUUUUGAAAUAGAUGCUCCUAACAUUGUAAGCUGUACUCCUAAAAUUUUCAGCUGUGCGCAUAAAAUUUCGGAAGUGCGCCUAAAAAUUUACAUCUGGUAGCACAAGUGCUCCCAAACUCAAAUUUAAACUUUGAGCCCUGUUGCCACCCAGUCAUACUUGAGUGGUCUCCCAUACAACUCCUUGUAAAUUCUGAAAUUUUUAAACGGUUGUUAAAUCUUUUUCUUAUGCAUUUAAGGGCUCAAAGUGCCUGUUAUGAAUUUAAAGGAGAUUUGAGCCCCGUAAUGCUUAAGGAAAUAUUUCACAAUAAGGAUUUGUAUGAAUAUCAUUCAAGCGUGACUUGGUGGCAAAAGUUGUUUUUCUCACACAAAUCCUUCUAAUUUUCGGCGGCUGUUGCAAUUGUUUCUUUUGAGAUAUACAGUUUAAAAUUGAGAGGUUACCUAAUUUUAAUAUGCUCUUUCAGCUCCUGCUAACAAAAUGUUUCGAAAGCGGACUGUUUUCGUGUUUGUCGAAAGUUGAUCACAUGAUCAACUAAUGCAAAAGGCCUAUUGAUACAAAAGAAAUUCCAAGCUGUUUGAUCCCCCACAGACUUGUUGUAUACUUGGCAACUGGACAUCAAAGUGAGAUUCCUGUGCUUUCAAAGGAAAUUUAUUGCACAGAAUAAUAUCAAUCUGAGUUAUAAUACAAGCGCAGCUACAUAUGGAUGUUGUCACUUCUGGUGCCCUUAUCCAUGGAAUAAAUGGUGAAGACUAGUACAUAGUGUAUACAUUGGUCAAUUGAAAUUUAAAUGUUGCAUUCAAGGAGCAACUCUCCUGUUACCAUUUUUUUUUCUAUUUCAGUAAAAUUUUAUUUUGUUUACAAUAAAUUCAUGUAAUUUACAAUGUUUUACACAUUGACUCUUAUGAACACGAAAAAAAAAACAAACAAACAAACAAACAUAUUUACAUCACACACACACACAAUUACAUACUGAUAAACACACCCAAUUACAUUUUUCUCUUUUUACAUGAAAAAUUAAUAAAUGAAGUAAGCGGUGAAAGAAUUGUAUGCUAAUCUGAUUUUACUCCAUUUCAUAUUGUGGGUCUCCAACUUGUUGCGAGACUUAGCAAUCAUUGUUUCGAGUAAGAAAACUGUGUUAAUUUUGGAAUUAAGAACUCCAAUGUAGGGUGAAUAUUUGUUCUGUCUACAAACUGUUACCAUGGUUUGAGUAGUGUUCCCCCAAAAAUGGUUGAAGUACCUUACAAGAGGUGAACAUCCACAAGAGCACUUUAACUGGGAAUAUUUUGAUGUUUUGGAGAUCGCACGUGAAGGUCCAACAUGUCAUGUCAUGUCUAAUGAAUAUGGACAAUUAAAUCUGGUAUUUUCAUGUAAUUAUUUUCUAAUAACUACAAAAUUAACCACAGGCGAAAUGUUGUGUAUAUUUUGAUGAUAGGUGAACCAGAUGCAACUUCUAUUGUUUGGAGGAAGUUGAAGUUGAAUGAGCUGACACGUUGUGACUGUGGUCACUAUUUUAUACUGAAGAAAGGAAAUCCUAUUAACAUUCCUCUUGAUGAACCUGCACAUCAUUAACAACACAAGACGCAUAAAAAAUUUUUGGAAUUGUAACAAGAACAAUCAGUAUGGUGUGUUUAUGGAUUACUUUGUAACAUUUUUGGCUUAUUUUGUGAUUUGCUCAGUAAAGCAAUGUAUUCAUGUAAGCUGUUAAAAGUUCUUGAUUGCCAUUAAAUUUAAUUUUUGAACUU